AGGUGGGGACGGUGGGUGGGCGGGGAAGGAAGCGGAAUACACCUGAGCGGGCUGGGCCGGGGGGCGAUGGAAUAAAAGAAGAUGGAGAGACUUCAGCGCCUGGGACUCGGGUGGGCGAGGCGGAAGGUGUGGCCGCAGCACGGCUUCUCUCCGCGCCGCGGUUGGUUAGCGAGUGCCCUCUGGGUGCUAGGCGUUGGGCGGGUGCUAGGAUCGCGGUAGCAUACGGAUCCGAGUCCUGCGCCGAGUGAGAGGAGAGGCUGGCAGGGGCUAAGUGAUGGAUCUUGUACUCAGUGUUGCAGAUUACUAUUUUUUUACACCAUACAUGUAUCCAGCCACAUGGCCAGAAGAUGACAUCUUCCGACAAGCUAUUAGUCUUCUGAUUGUAACAAAUGUUGGUGCUUACAUCCUUUAUUUCUUCUGUGCAACACUGAGCUAUUAUUUUGUCUUCGAUCAUGCAUUAAUGAAACAUCCACAAUUUUUAAAGAAUCAAGUCCGUCGAGAGAUUAAGUUUACUGUCCAGGCAUUGCCAUGGAUAAGUAUUCUUACUGUUGCACUGUUCUUGCUGGAGAUAAGAGGUUACAGCAAAUUACAUGAUGACCUAGGAGAGUUUCCAUAUGGAUUGUUUGAACUUGUCGUUAGUGUAAUAUCUUUCCUCUUUUUCACUGACAUGUUCAUCUACUGGAUUCACAGAGGCCUUCAUCAUAGACUGGUAUAUAAGCGCCUACAUAAACCUCACCAUGUUUGGAAGAUUCCUACUCCAUUUGCCAGUCAUGCUUUUCACCCUAUUGAUGGCUUUCUUCAGAGUCUACCUUACCAUAUAUACCCUUUUAUCUUUCCAUUACACAAGGUGGUUUAUUUAAGUCUGUACAUCUUGGUUAAUAUCUGGACAAUUUCCAUUCAUGACGGUGAUUUUCGUGUCCCCCAAAUCUUACAGCCAUUUAUUAAUGGCUCAGCUCAUCAUACAGACCACCAUAUGUUCUUUGACUAUAAUUAUGGACAAUAUUUCACUUUGUGGGAUAGGAUUGGCGGCUCAUUCAAAAAUCCUUCGUCCUUUGAGGGGAAGGGACCGCUCAGUUAUGUGAAGGAGAUGACAGAGGGAAAGCGCAGCAGCCAUUCAGGAAAUGGCUGUAAGAAUGAAAAAUUAUUCAAUGGAGAGUUUACAAAGACUAAAUAGAUUAUUGCCCAGUUAUUCUUAAGUAAGGACAAAGAAGGAAAUAUCAUUGUAUUUCUUUUUUUUAAUAAGGAAAAAAUAAUCUCCGUACAGUCAAGAUACAUAGUAAAUGGUAUCAUUUAGAAAUCAGCAUCGUGGGCACUGCUGAGGAAUGAUCCUAGUGGUAGGUCAGAAGAAGAUGCUGUGAACACCAGGACUUUAAUCUUAUGCUUAAAAUGCCAGAUGUUGUUCGGGGGACAACUUGUAUCUUUCUAGCAGCAGAUCUGUAGUUUGUAUAGCCUCAACAACAAUUUUAAAUAAGAUGGAGAAUAAAUUAUUGAGGGGACUAGGCUAUAUGCAUUUGCCUUCAUCCACCCAUGUUUAUUAAGAAUCAUUGUGCUUAAUAAUACCAAGACUAAGCACCAUAACCAAGAAAUACUAAUGUAAAGAUUGUUUCUUGUUUCCGGAAUGGUUAAUUCUUCAACGUUGGUAUGAUAAUGAUAACUUGUAGUACUUUAUUCAAGUCAAAACAUCAGUGUGGAAAAAAAUUCUGAUACAUUAGCAGCUAUGUAAAUGACCUAAUUGAUAGCAGGUGUAAUAAGACUAUCGUCUUCCUACACAUAGGAGGCUCAUUCUCUGGACACACUAUCACCUAUUACAUUUUACUGAUUAACAAAUAAAUUGGAAUUUAAAAAUAUUGAUAUCACCAUGAUUUAAUCCAGAUCUGGGAUUAUGUAACUAAACAUUGUGAUGAUUAUUAUUUAAAACCAUUAUUUAAUAAGAGUAAAAAUAUGUGAAUCUGGAUAUAUUUAAAAAAAGAAAUUUGAUGCCCAGAUAAUAUAUUAGGCACUGCUGAUUUUUUAGUUAAAUUGAUGCACUACACUUUUGAUGUUUGAAGUUACAAACCUGUAAUUUUUUUGUAAAGGAAAUAAUUGCCAAAUACCUAGGCCCAUUGCUGACAAUUAGUUCGAAAAUCUUAUUCCUCCUCUUCUCCCCUCACUUUUCCCUACUUCCUCUGCAAAAAGAUUUAACAAAUACAUUCAUAAGGAAAUGUGUGUUGUAACAAAUAUAUUGCAAAAACAUAGUUUGUAAAGGCAUUCUAUAAGCUAUUUAUGUAAAAUCAAUAAAAGUUGAUCAUAAUUAAA